UAGUUCGGUUAUACACACACACAGUUCAAUUAUUCUAAUAUGAUGACACAUACGACGCAUUUAAAAGACUGCUGAGCUUCCAAUGGAGAAAAUCUUAUAUCGUUACAGUUUUGUUUUUACGUAUAAAAGACGUGUUGAUAAUUUAAAAUACAAAUUUUUAGUAACCCUGGAUGCGGACUUGGCAUAAUAUUGUCCAUGGGAUUCAGUAUAAUAAUUUUAACCUUUAACGAUUAAUUUGAUUUUUCAUUAUUAUUAUGAACGAGUAAAUAAAAUAAAACUUCGAAUUAGUUAUACUGUUGGUACAUAGUUUAGUGUUUUCCUUAUUUUAUUAUAGAACAGUGUUGUUUGUUUUUAUGUUGGACGAGGAAGAGAAAUGAAUCAUUUAGGAAUUUUAUUAUCGUUUGGACUUCUUGUAACUUCUGGGUACUGCGGUUUCAUCAAAUUUGGCCCAUGUCUUAUUGGAUGGAAAGAGACGUGUCCUGAUUCGCACAUCAAUUUUUACCUAUUUACAAAGAAUAAUUCACUCAAACCACAAAAAGUUUUACCAGAUAAAAAUGAUAUUUUGAAAUCGAAUUAUAAUCCAGAGAAGUCGAACAAAAUAAUUAUCCACGGAUACAACAGCGAUAUGAACCUCUUCCAGUUGGUGAGAAUGAAAAAUGAAUACCUCGAACUCGAUUAUAACGUUUGGAUGAUCGACUGGGGAGAAAUAGCUGCUGGACCUUGUUAUCCGAUAGUUGUGAGCAAUUUGAAUUAUGUUGGGAAAUGUAUAGCUCAAUUGGUGAAUGAGAUUUUAUCCAUCUCAAAAGCUCCUAAAGAGGUCUUCCAUUUGUUAGGAUUUAGCGUCGGAGCUCAUUUGGCGGCGUAUGUUGCAAAUCACGUCAGACCUUAUAAAUUUUCCCGAAUAACAGGCUUGGAUCCAGCGUUACCAUUAUUUACAACUCCUUUGAAAGAUGGAAAACUAGAUAAAAGUGACGCCGAAUUCGUCGAUGUUCUCCAUACGGAUGCCUUGAAGGAAGGAAAAGUUGAAACUUGUGGUCAUGUAGAUUUCUAUGUAAACGGUGGAAUAGAACAGCCAGGAUGUAAAACUAGUAGUAUUAUUGAUACCAGUCGAUGUAAUCACUACAGAUCUGCGGCGUAUUUUGCUGAAUCUAUUACUUCAAAUGUUGGCUUCUAUGGUUGGUUCUGCGAUGGAUUUUUUCAUUAUUUAUUUAACAAGUGCCCUCCUAAAACACCUGACAUAUUGAUGGGAGAAUACGUCAACAGAAAGGUAACAGGUUCCUAUAUCCUGCAUACAGCUGAUAAACCACCGUAUGCUAUGGGACGAAAUUUUUCAAGUGCUCAAUCAAAUGCUAGUUUUCCAUCUCCGUCGAAUAUUCCUUCAGAGAGCACAGUGGCGUUGGAGCAAUUUUCGAAUAGCGUUGUUGUAAAUGAAGCUUUUAAUGCGGCUGAAGUUUCACUAGCUGCUUCUGGAGAAAAUGUGACUUUUUUGGAUGUUCUUUAAGUGAAGCGUACUUACGUGUAUUUUUUAAAAUAAUUUUAUACAGAGAUAUUGAACCACAUAAACCAUUAUUUUAGCCAGUUA